AUGAAGGUCUCAACCGCGCUCUGCGCCUUGUCCCUCGGCUCCUGGACAUUGGCAGCGCCUAUUGUCAUUUUCAAAAAUGAGCCGCCCAAGUACUCGGGAACUCAGAUUACUCGCACAUCCAUCGAUGCCGACUCGGCAGAUACAUGGCCGAUUCGUACACACAAAUUCACCAACACGCAAGAUGCUGCGCAGGAUUCUUUGACUGGACGACCAGACAAUCGACCAUACAGCCCCACCAGCGACGUUGCGCCCUCCGAGGCACUGGCAGCUCCGAGGCCUCUGAAGACUAGCUAUCUUCUCUCCAUCAGACCCUUUAUGCUUCACUCGUCCGAAAAUGCGUCGCCAGAUACCGCACCUUCCUCUCAGUCUCCUCAUUCCGAGUUCCAGGAUUCGAGCAUCGUCGAGGCAGAGACUGGAUCUGUCAAGAAGCACCACCACUUUACCACGGUGGAGCUCGAGACUUUGGGAAACAAGCCUUAUUACCAAACGAUCCCAUGUCCUAAGCAGAGCGGUUACUUUCACCUGGUCAAAGGCUACACGGAUACCACGGUUGUGGCCGUGGUCUUUAUUCUCAUUGCCGUGAUUGCCCUAAUCGAGCUUUGGAAUCCCAUUUGCAAAAUAACAAGCAGAAUAUGGAAUCGGGAGGGCAUGAUUCGUCUAGAUGACAAUGUAGACGAGAAGAAGCAGCUCGAGGUUAGAUACUCGGAUUUCGUCUUGCAGCCAGCACCAAAGACAAGGUCCAAAUCGAGCUUGCCGUCCGACGAAAAGGCAGUUCACAAGUCAUGA